AUCAGUUGAUACCUUCGUUGCUGCGAAGGUCGCCUAGCGGUUUGCCAGUUCGGCUUCGAGCGUGAUUUUUUUUUUUUCGUUUAUCAAUAAUUAAUGUAAUCAGUUACUUUGGGCAGUUACUGUUGUUCAAGAAAAAACCGACUGACCGCCAAAUUUUUGGAAACUUUGAAGAGCAUCCGGUAAAGUGAACCUCGUUCGAAUCAUCAUCAGCCACAAUGACGGUCCCAGAAAGCAAUGGAGCUUUUAACAAUAAUACAGCCACUCAAUCUAUUACGGCUAAAUGGCCUUCCUACUAUCGGCAUCCAUUCCGAACGGUGAAUCAGUGGAUUCUAGGGAAACGCCGGGAUGACGAUACUGGGGGCCUCUGGCGUAUACACGAUUCGCUCUAUGACCUCACGGAGUUCAUCAACCUUCACCCCGGGGGAGCAGACUGGAUAACCUGCACCAAGGGAACGGACAUCACGGAGGCCUUCGAGGUUCAUCACAUCGGGGGUCGAGCGGAACAACUGCUGCCAAAAUAUCGCGUCCAGGCGGCAGAAGCUCCUCGCUUUGUCCGAUUCACUUUCGACGAUAGUGGAUUCUAUAGAACGCUAAAACGGCGAGUUCAGGCCAAGCUAGCGACGAUCGACAAACGUGCCGCUCGAACCUCGGAGGUGAUUUUGGAUUCCCUUUUGUGUGCCUCCUUUGUCCUGGCCUGCGUGGCCAUCAAUCGCCAUAGUUACCUGUUGGGGGCAUUGUGUGGAUUAUUUGUGGCCUGGACGAUGAUCGGCGCGCACAACUUCUUCCACCGGAAGGACAACUGGCGGAUGUUGGCCUUCAAUUUGGCCUUCUUCAGCUACAGGGAGUGGCGAGUAGCGCAUGCCAUCUCACACCACUUGUUCCCCAACUCGUUGCUUGACCUGGAGAUAUCGUUAUUCGAGCCGUGGCUGUGUUGGCUGCCGAGUUCAUCCAGGAAGAAUCUCCUACAAAGGUUCGGAUCGUGGGUGUAUGGCCCGCUAGUAUACGCUGGGAUGUUCAUGUUUGAAUUUGGAAAAAGAUGGCUAGAAAUGAUGUGGACGAGGAAAAGCUCAUUCCAUGCCGAUGAUGCAAUAUUUGUACUCUUGCCGCUCACUAUGUGGAUGACCAGCAAUACUUGUUUUUUGAUUGUGCUAAAAAUGUGGUUCCUCAUAGUGCUGGUUGCGAGUUUCGUUUUCGGAGCAAUCGGAGUGAAUGCGGCUCAUCAUCACCCGGAAAUAGUGCACUCUGGUGAUUUGAUUCCAGCGGAUAUCGACUUUGGCGUGUACCAACUGGCAUCGAUCAUCGAUCGUGCCGAUGUGAGGGGAUCGCACUUCAGAGUGCUGGUUAGCUUCGGCGAUCAUAGCUUGCAUCAUCUCUUCCCGACGCUGGAUCACGGAAUAUUGUCGCAGCUGUAUCCGGUGUUCUACGAAACUUGUGCUGAGUUUCAGUUAGAGCAUCGUGAGCAGUUCAUGCUGCAGGCGGUCAUUGGGCAACAUCAACAGCUAGCUCGAAUCGAGCCAAAUAAUUUCAUGCCUUCGAAACAGAAUUAUAAGUGACGGGAUCAUGAUUUUUCAACAGAGAGCACGUAAGGUAACAGAAACGAAGCGAACAUAUAUUCCGACUUUUGUGGCCUUUUUUGUAGGAUUCGACCGUUCCCGGGAUAGGUAAGAUUGAAAAAGAGCUUUUCAAUCUGAAUAGCAUAAUGAACAGAUCAUCCUCGAAAUAGUGUAUGAAUCGAAACAAAAAUGAAUCGAAAAUUGAUUCAGAUUAUUCUAUCAAACUGUCAAUGAGUAUUCGUAUAUGAUAUAUUGUUCAAAAUAUUCCAUAGAAUACAUAGAUGCUAUAUAUACAAUUUAAAUUGAAUAAAAAUGCUAUUGAAUUUAAA